AUGAGCGUGGUUGGAGGAAAAUAUCUGACGAUAUUGUAUGCUGUCGCGCCGGACGCCUUAAACCACGUGUCCUGUAUGCAAAUUGGAGCCAGUGGAUCAGCGGCUGUAGUAUACAUAUACUUGCGGCUGGUUCGAAUCUCCGAGGGACUGUCGUACACUCUUCAACUGCUAAGGAUCGAGCAGUUGCGUCAUCCACCG